AUGCCCCCAAAGAACAAACAGCAAUCUGAAGACCAACAAACGGCCAAUGAUUCUUCCAGUGAUGAAGAACUUGAUGCUGCCGAAGAGCAGUUUUACACAACAAUUGACGAGCUGCAAGUUCAUGGUAUUGGCAUGGCCGACAUUAACAAGCUGAAAGGUGCCGGCGUAUGCACCAUCCGGGGCGCGCAAAUGAUGACCAAAAGGAGUCUGUUGAAGAUCAAGGGAUUGUCCGAAACCAAGGUUGACAAAAUCAAGGAUGCCGCCGCUAAAGCACAGGGUUGUGGUUUUAUGACCGGAACAGAGCUGUCGCAGCAUCGACAAAAGGUGGUAAAGAUCUCUACUGGAAGCAAGCAGUUUGAUUCCUUGCUUGGAGGAGGUAUUCAAACGAUGUCUAUUACUGAGGCGUUCGGCGAAUAUCGUACCGCAUAUAUUGAUACUGAAGGCACGUUCCGUCCAGACCGAAUCCGAGCCAUCGCCGAACGAUUCGGAGCAGACCCAGAGGUGGCACUUGACAAUAUAUUGAUUGCGCGCGCCUGGAACAGCGACCAUCAAAUGGAUUUGAUUACCGAGGUUGCGGCCAAGUUUGCCGAAGAGAAGGGCGUGUAUCGUCUUUUGGUGGUGGACUCAAUCAUUGCGUUGUUCAGAUGCGAUUAUGCAGGUCGCGGCGAGUUAGCCGAGCGACAGCAAAAGUUGAAUCAGAUGCUCAGUAGACUGACCAAGAUUGCCGAAGAAUACAAUGUUGCCGUUUUCCUUACCAAUCAAGUGUCAUCUGAUCCUGGUGGUAAUGUUUCGGCAACACGCAUCUACUUGCGCAAGGGUCGUGGUGAGGAACGAGUCGCCAAGAUCUAUGAUUCGCCCGACAUGCCUGAAAACGAAGCGUCCUAUGCAAUCUCCGGUGGGGGCAUCGCUGAUGUCUUUCUUUGA